AUGGCCUCAACUCCAUUCCAGCGUAUUACGAGUGCGCUCAAGGCACCUUUGUUACAUUAUGGUCGUGGCACGCAUGAUGGGAAGCUCUCUGCAAAUCUCGACCUUCACUCGCUAGCUCAAGGCAAACGACGAGAGGGCUCACUAGAAACACGACGUUUCAUGCUGGCUCUCAGGUCGAUGAUUAGGAAUGCAAUGAAUGUCAUUGCUGAGCAGGCCCUGGGACAUCUCAACUUCAGCCCUUCCAAACUCGAAUAUCACUCAGUUCCCAUCUCAGACCCGAACUGCUAUGAUUAUACUCGACGCUAUGCACUGACCAACUUUGAACUUCCUGCACAGUCACGGGAACGCAAACGAACCCAAGCUACGAAUCGGCGCUCUGGAGGCCCUUGCAAUAUUUUGACCCAUCAACUGGCAGCUCAAACCGGUUGGCACCGUCUGCCGAUUUGGGAUGGGGUCCUCAGCCAGCCUAUCCAUCAAAUCCAGGUGGGUGCACGCAGCAUCAGAUCGCGCACCCAACUCACCAAACAUUAUCCAGGUUCAGGUAUGGGGCUUCAUGUUAGGCCCCCCUACAACGACACGCUCAACACCACUGGUACUGAGCGAAUCCUUACUCGCAGAAUGCAACCAGGCCUCGACAACGAAUCAGUUUGGAGGCCCCUGCUCUCGUAUCUUGGAUCAUUGAUUAGUAGUCUCAGUUCCAUCUCAUCAAGAGAUCCCUUCUCUCGAGGUAGCAUACAACGGACUUGUUAUGUCAAUAACGGAGUCCAAGCUUCGACUGAAGAGAGGGAAUCUCCAAUAGCUCGAUACCAGCGCCAUCUACUGGUCGAAAGGCAUGGCUCCCCGCUUUGGUCACCUCAGCCACAUCGUCGACUCCCUCUCUCUUAUCGACAGAAGGGCAUUAGUGUUGGCGACAUUGGAGUUAUUACGCCGCAAGGCAGCUUUGAUUUUCUCUUCAAUAUCUGCCUGCCGCGCGGUCACCCCAGUAAUCCGGAAGUCUUACCAGUUGGCUUUUCACCAGUCAACCUCUUGCCUACCGACAUCUGCGAGUUGCGUGAACACGACUCGGGAAGCUGCCUCUUAACCCCUUCCAUCGAAAAAGGCUUGACUUACAAAUGUAACGGACCUGAAGGGUCGAUUUUGAUAAUGCCCAAUGGGGCUUACCACGAGGAUUUGCUUAACUUUCAGGACUUCAAGGCGGUCGCCUCACAGAAUGCUGAGGAAUGGUAUAGGUUCGCCAUUGAAACUUGUGGUAGGAAUAUCAAAAACGGGCAACUCCGACUUGUUACGGGUUGCGAUAAGACCAACUCAUGGGGGAUCGCUACUUAUUCCGAUCUUCAAGGACCUGUCGCAAUCUCACUAACUGCCAACAGCACGCAGCCAGCCGUGGAGUAUACAUGGGAUUAUGAGGGACGUGUCCAAGCCAAGGCCGGGCCCAAAUUCGAGGAGUCAUUGGAUUCAACAGGCAAUCGAGAAUACCCGCAAAGUGUUCACAACCAAUGCACCUUCCUCCGCUCGUUUACCCUUACACUUGCCGAGGAUGUUUGGAAGACCAUGCCAUCGAAUCUUACUCAAGAUUUAUCAGACAACAACAACAACUUGGGUUUCAAACUAUCCGGCAAUGGUUAUCAAUCAGAUGCUUCUGAGUCAGAGAGGUGGGAUAUUCGGCUAAAGUGGAUAAUUUGCUGUUCAAGGCCUACACAGGACGAAACCACAAUGCCAGACGCCCCCGAACUCCUUGGUCGGAUGCGAAAAAUCUUCUCGUCCCAUAUCGACGACGACGGAACGGUCUACAUCUCCCAAAAUCAUGCUUCUGAAACAAAGCCACACCUACAGUCUUGUUCAAUUUUUACUCCAGAGCGUCCUGUUUACGCUGGAGGGAUUUUGUCUGACGGCACUGGGAAUACACGUAACGAGGACGAAAUAUUCUCUGGCAGCAGUACUGCAUGGGGCAAGCAAUCCGAAGGGCCUCCAAAUACGGUGUUUAGUGAGGAGGGUAUCGGUUCAGACGAUGAGGGUUUUGUUCACAGACUCGCACUUGAAGAACGCGCUGCCCCUCAACUGUUUUUGUUGGGAUCGGAGGUUCCUACCCCCCCAACCCUAGUUGCCGUUGGACCAAGCUUUUCUUUAGCCACGUCCCCAACGCAAACUUCUCAUGAUCAAGGAGAGGGAGCCGUCCUAUUGAACCCCCUGGACAUGGAAUCUCGUGACUACAACACGGACGGUAAUGCUGGUAUCUUGCGUAGAGGCCAAUCAGGCAGUGGCCCACUAGCGCUUGAACCUUCAAACACGCCCAGUAUACGGUAUAGGAUUCUUACCAAAGCCAUCGCCGCAAGCGCACAUCGCGAUCCGCCCCCUCCGCAAUGCGCCUCCGGUACUCAACAGGCAGUCUUGAGCGAUUUAAAGUCAUGGAUAACUAAUGAUGUUUACGCAAGGUUCCAACACGUCGACACGGAUUUCCCAUUCAACAAGUUUCGGAAGAUCAGCAACGAGUUGUCAAGACCGCAGGCGAGCCUACUAACACAGAUACGCACGGGACACAUACCGCUCAACAGCUACUUGCACCGCAUCAAGAUGGCUCGGAAUAGAUGA